AUGUUUAAGAGAUAAUGGAAAAAAUUGAGAAUUAGAACUUAAAUAUCAAUAUUUUUAUUUGUAGCCUAAAUUUUCAUUCUUUCAUUAAUAAUAGGACUCUUAUUAGUAAAUUUGAAUUUUUUGGAAUUUUAUUAUGAAAAAGCUUCAAUAUCAAUAUUGGUUUAAUAAGAAUUGAACCUCUAAACUAACUUAAUGAACUAUUCAAUAACAGAUACUAAAUUAUUAUUAUACAGAAGCUUAAACUAAAUUUAUAGAGUUAAAUAUCUCUUUCAAAAAAUUGAAAUGGAAUAAAUUAAGUUUCUAUUUCCAACAUUUAACUGUUUAUAGAAUUUUACAAAUCUAGAUAAUUAUGCAUUUUAAUAUUCGUUUUGUUAUGGAGAAUUUGGAUAAGCAUACACUGAACCCAAUUAAAUUGAAUUUUAUAAGAAUUUAACUAGUAGUUUGACAAUAUUAUUGCACUUAUUGGAUUAAGACUUAGAUUUGUCUAUUUGUACUACAACAUAAGAAUAAUAUUUUGCAGUUUGGCCAGGUGAUAAAUAUAUAGAUUAUAAACCAUAAACUAGACCUUGGUAUUUAUCACAUAUAAGAUAAAUGUAAAAUAAUCCAAAUCAAGAUCUAUUUUUUAGUGAUCCAUUUGUAUUUUGGACUUGGAAUGUUGUAAUGAUUAGUUAAACACUUACAAUUUAAUCUUAAAAUGGUGGAUAUUAAGGGAUUGCAGCAACAGAUUUGAAUUUAACUCUUUUUUAAAAUUUAAAUAGUCACUUUAAAAGAUCAAAUAGAUUUUUUACUUUAAGAGAUGGUAAGAUUUUAAUAUCAAAUACAAAUUUUACUUUUGGUAAUUAUAUUUAUAAUGAAUCAACUAUUGGUUUAAAUUAUGAAGAUUUCAUUCAAAUUUAACAUUAUCUAAAUAAUGGAAAUUACACCAGUAAUUGUCUCAAACUUCAUAAAUAUCUAGGAUAUGAUAUUUUUUGUAGGUACAAUUAGGUUUUUUAGUAGGAUUAAGCAAUAUUUGCUAGAAAUUUAGGGAUAUCAAACUUAGAUUUAAUAAUGUAUAUUUAAUUAUUCAUUUAGUAUAUUUGAUAUUCUUUAAAAUUAAGAAUAAAUUUUGAAAAGCUUAGAUGAAAUUAAAGAAAGGUUUUUAGAAUUUUCAGCAUAUUCAUUUUUCUUUAUCAUAAUAAUAAUAUUCUUAUCUUUUUUAAUAAAUUUGAUAGUUAUUAAAUACAUUACUAGACCAUUAUAAAAUGUAGUGAUAUAAGUAUAGCAAUAUAUAAGAUCAAGUGGAUUUAUUUUUGAUAGAGGUAAUACAAGGAAAAUAAUUAAAGAGAAUAACCAAGAUGAUAUGAGUAGGACAUUAAAUAAAGUCUUUAAUAAUUUCCAAAUUAAAAAUAAUGAGUGUUAAAGAUAAUAAUUAAUGAUUUCAUAAUAUCCAAUCAACUGUUAUAACUUCAAGAAUUUUUAUAAGAUAUCAGAUUUAUAAGUAUAUAUAUAUAUCUAUUUACAUAAUUUAGCUUAUCCAAAAUUCUUAUCUUAAGUAAUAAGAAAUAAUUGAGAUGGUUUUAAGAUUAUUAUAAUAGCAAUCAUAAAUUUAUUGA